CAGACGCUUCUCUGCUUAGCUCUGCUAUCUCUGCUAUCUUUCAUACUUUUCUUUAUUUUCAGAUAUUUUCGAGCUACAGUGUCUGAGCUCAUUAUUUAGAUUAGCACUAGCACUACCAUAUUUUGUUUCUUAUUUUAUUUUUUUUCUAGUUUCUUUGGACAUUUUAUAGUAGAGCCAUAGGCACAGGAAUCAGAAAAGUUCCUGUAGAGUACUUAAGAAGAAAUCUGCAAGAUGCCUCCUUGUGUGGGUUCAGAGCACCUGUGCUGCCAGAACUGCUACAAUCUUCUACAAAGAAUGACUGUUUUGGAAACAAAUUUUCGGUCCUUGUUAUCAGAGUUUAAGGACUGGCAUCUCUGCGCUGUUCGAGGACCAACGGAGUGUGGGAGUGCUGCCAGCGGACAACGGGCAGGGAUUUUAACGGAGCAGCGAGCAGUGGAGACGAACAGAACUGGACCAGCAGAUCAUGUGGACAUUCCUAAUGUGAGUACAGCUGAAAGAUAUGGGCAAAACCAGCAAUGGGUUCGCAUUGGAGCUAAACCCAAACGCCAUGCCACAUACAGCUCUGUAGUAUCCUCCACUCCUGCUAACAUAGCACAUCUGGCUAAUGCUAAUGCUAAAGCUAUUGCUCGGAGAUCAGAGCACAGAGCCAGAGGAAAUCAGUUCCAGUCACUUAGUUUGCAAAAUAGAUUUGAGCCACUGCAAGACCUUAAUGACUUUCCUAAUACCAGCCAGUAUGAUACAGAAAGAACCAGAAGAUUCAGCCAUUCAAAACACCCCAGGAGAGCCACAGGGCUCCAGGCUGUGGCCACAGCAGACACCCUUGUUUUGGGGGAUGACUCUGUUCAUGGCAUGAACAAUAAUCAGAAACUCAUUGUUCGAUGUGAGCCAAACAUCACCGUUUCUGAACUGAAUGAGAAGCUUCCAACACUACUGGCUGAAUACAGAACAGUGAAACGGAUCAUUGUUCAUGUUGGAAAAAACGAUACAAGGAAAGAGGAGUCUGAGGUGUUAAAAAGGGACUUUAAUGAUCUUUUUACCACACUGCGCAAGUUCAACAUUCAGACAUUCAUUAGUGGUCCUCUACCUGCAAGAGGCUGCAAUAUGUUCUCUAGGCUGCUGGCUUUAAACAUAUGGCUUCAGAAAACCUGCAGGUCAAACGGACUGAACUUCAUUGACAAUUUCAAUCUGUUUUUUGGGAAGAGAGAGUUUUUCAGGAGAGAUGGACUGCACACCAACAAGAGGGGAGUCAAAUUCCUGUCAGAGAACUUCAUUUUUUCUCUGUGCAACUUCUCUGUUCCCACUGGUGAAGACACGUCAGCUUUAACACCCAAGGACACUGUCUGCACUACAGAGACACAACAUCCUCCCCCCACAGAGACUGCGGAGUUAUCGGACGGGAGCCAUGUUCUGCUGUAUCAGCUGCCGGAAACACCGCAACUGCAUGAACACUCCACACCAUCCUCCAUCUCCACCUCAUCAUCAUCAUCCUCCAUCUCCACCCCAUCAUCACCCCACCUGAACUUCCCAGCAACCAUGGAGAAGCUGGUAUCUGCAGGGACAAGACUGACGCUUUCUCUGUCAGCGAGUCCUCAGGUACAGCGAAAAAUCAGCACAACUUCUCCUCCACAGUCACCUACUGCCUCACGGACCCAGCAACCCCCAUUCUCACCACCAUUACACUCCCCAAUCAAGGAGUUAGAAAAGGGGACCAAAAUGAAGCCCAGUGAACAUGAACAUGAGGAAGUAUUAAACAACCGCCGCCCCCCACAACCCAAAAAGAAGAGACAAGCUCCUAAACCACCGGACAGACAGCUUCGCUCUCGACUUCUUCACCAGCAGGAGCCCCUCCCACCUCCCUCCACCAUAAGGGAAGAGGCCGCCACAAGUAAUCCAGCAAACUGAUAUCUUUUGGGUCCUACGGACCCUGUGUGCCAGUUAUCUCCCCCAUUCCAGUUCUUAUCAGAAGCAGAAAGAACAGGGAGUAUAGGUCAGAUAAUGUGAAUAUAUCCAACUUGCAGUAUAUAAAUUGUAACCCACAGUCUUUGGAACAAAAUGCACAGGUUAUUAAGUUAGCUCUACUAAAUAUCAGAUCUCUUACAAACAAGUCCUAUCUAAUUAAUGAUUUUAUUACAAAUUAUGGGCUUGAAUUUCUGUUUUUAACAGAGACAUGGUUAAAUUCUUGUAGUGCUGAAAGUGUAUUAAUUGAGUCGGCUCCACCAAACUUUAACUUUUUAAAUGUCUCACGUACCGGCAAGAAAGGUGGAGGUGUAGCUAUGCUGUUUGAUGAUACUUUCCAAUGCAAGCAGUUAUCACUUGGUGACUUCACAUCUUUUGAAUAUUUAGGUGCAGUUUUAAAAGGGACACCAAGAAUAUUACUAAUAAUUGUCUAUAGGCCUCCAAGGUACAAUGCUGAUUUUAUUGAUGAUUUUACAGAUAUGCUGUCUUUUAUUUCUACUGAAUUUGAUCAUUUUAUUAUUGCUGGUGAUUUUAACAUUCACAUUGAUAAUCCCAAGGAUAAUUAUGCCAGAGAACUCUAUGAUGUAUUUGACUCUUUUGAACUCUCUCAGCAUGUGACUGGAAGCACACACUGUCAUGGUCACACCCUGGAUCUGGUUAUUUCGAAGGGUCUCAACAUAUCAACCUCUAUUAAGGAUGUUGCACUGUCAGAUCACUACUGUGUCUUCUUAGAAAUGUGGACUUCAAUACACAGUGAAACCAGACAGAUUAGGUACAAGAAAAGGCAGAUAAAUGACAUGACAGCUGAACUUUUUGUGAGCAAAGUGUGCUCUGCACCAUGCAAACCAUCAGACUCUGUAGAUACUCUGCUGGAUAGUUUUAACUCGAAAACUGCUAGAGUUUUAGAUGAGAUUGCACCAGUUAGAGUUAAAACCAUGCCAUGCAAGCAGAAAGCACCAUGGAGAAAUGAUGCUGCAGUUCAGCUCCAAAAGAGAGAAUGCAGAAAAGCUGAGCGCAGAUGGCGUAAAACCAAGCUUCACAUUCACAAAGAAAUUUUUAAAGAUAGAUUGCGUGAUUACAACAAAAUAAUGUGCACAUGUAGACAAACCUAUUUCUCCAGCAUUAUUAACAAUAAUAUUAACAAUAGCAAAGUUCUUUUCACUGUGGUUGACAGACUAACUAACUCACCUAUAUAUAUGACCCCUGAGCUAGUUUCAACUGAGAGAUGUAAUGAGUUUGCUAAAUUUUUUAAUACUAAAAUCCACAAUAUCAGACAAGCCAUCAGUACAUCUCUAUCCACCAAGGAGCCCAUGUGCUCUCCAAAACCAUGCAAAAGCAUCAUAGUCAACAUGUGCCAGUUUAGCACUAUUAAUGAAGAAGUUUUAAUUGAUACAGUGAGUCACCUCAAAUCAUCCACCUGCAGUCUUGAUACAUUACCAACCAAGUUUUUAAAGAAUGUUUUUUACUCAAUAUCAGCAGACAUUCUUCAAAUUGUAAAUACCUCACUCAUGUCAGGUGUUUUCCCAAAUGCAUUAAAAACUGCCGUUGUGAAGCCUCUCUUAAAAAAGAAAAAUUUAGAUACAAACUUAUUGAACAAUUACAGACCAAUCUCUAAUCUACCAUUCAUUGGAAAAAUAAUUGAAAAAAUUGUCUUCAAGCAAGUUAUGCACUUCCUGUCCAUAAAUAACUGUCUAGACCAAUUUCAGUCAGGUUUCCGGCCCAAUCAUAGUACUGAGACUGCGCUUAUUAAGGUUAUCAAUGACAUUCGCUUAAACACAGACUCAGGAAAAAUGUCUAUUCUACUGCUGCUUGAUCUCAGUGCUGCUUUUGACACCAUUGACCACAACAUUCUCAUAGAUAGACUUGAGAACCGGGUUGGAAUUUCUGGAACUGUCCUAAAAUGGUUCAGUUCAUACCUUCAAGGAAGGAAAUACUUCGUGGAAAUGGAAAAUAAUGUUUCUGAGACUGUGCCAGUGACCUGUGGUGUACCCCAGGGUUCAAUUCUUGGGCCACUCUUAUUUAAUUUAUAUAUGAUUCCUCUGGGUGAAAUCAUGCGUGACUAUGGGAUAUCUUACCACAGCUAUGCAGAUGACACUCAGAUCUACAUGGCCCUCUGCCCAAACAAUUUCGGUCCCAUUGACUCACUGUGUAAAUGCCUUGAGCAGAUAAAUAAAUGGAUGGGACAGAACUUUCUGCAGUUAAAUAAAGAUAAAACAGAGAUUAUUUUAUUUGGGAAUAGUAAUGAGAGGCACAGAUUAUCUGCCUAUCUGGAUUCAAAAAGCCUAAAAUCUAAAGAACUAGUGCGUAAUCUUGGUGUACAAAUGGACUCUGAUCUCACUUUUAACAGUCACGUCAAAGCCGUCACCAAAUCAGCAUUUUAUCACCUAAAGAACAUAAAUAAGAUCAGAGAUUUUCUGUCUAAAGCAGACCUGGAGAAACUUAUCCACGCCUUUAUUUCUAGUAGGAUUGAUUACUGUAAUGGACUCCUAACUGGACUCCCAAAAAAGACCAUUAAACAGCUUCAGCUGAUUCAGAAUG